UAUGUACAUGCUUUAGUUUCUUUAUAUUAACUCUGGAUACAGUUUUUGUCAUAACAUUUUCGCUAAAAUAGUAAUUAUCAAGAAUAGUGAUGUUACAAUUAAACUAUUUUGUACUUUUGGGAACAUUUUUUGGCAAUAUUUGGGCAUUCAAUGAUAUUUGUUGCGAAAGUUACAAUUCAUUUAAAAUAUGCUGGAAAAUUUCUGGUUUGUUAGAUUGGAAACUGGGUCCAGAAGUAAUUUGUCCUACCGAUUAUUAUUGUGAUGAAUCAAAACCGAGUGAUCCAUGUAUAUUGGAAAAUUUAACUACAACACCGAUGCCAACCACUACUAGCUGUCCUACAGGUGAAAUCGGUACUGAACCUACAUGUACAUCGGAAGACGUCUAUCCAGGACCCUUUUGUAAUGAGUAUUAUCAAUGUUCAAAGUUUCUUAUAUUUUGGUAUGAAGUAAAACUAAAAACCUGUGAAUCUGGAUAUGCCUUUAGUCCAUCACAGAAAAGUUGUAUUCUUCCUCCAGGAGUUUGCCAAUGUGUGGAUUAAAAACAUAUCAAUUAGCUUUAGCUAAAUUCUGUAGUAUGUGCAAUUGGAUCAAAUAAAUUUUGUUUCACUUAAACAAG